UUUUGGUUGCUACCUAGCCCCAAAUUAACCUCGCGACUUCUCCUUCUUCCCUCGGAAACCCUCGCAGAAAGCUGCGAAUUCUCCUACCUCCCUCCUGUCCGAAAUCCCCGCUGACAGCCGCAACUGGUGGAAGGAAAAGACGGGGUGGCCGUGCUCGAAGAAGAAGAAGAACACCAAAAGUCCAUUCUCUCUCCCACUUCUGCUCUGUUCCCGCGUGAGAAAUCGCGAAGGGGCUGUCUGGCAGCGGAUUUAUUAUAAUUUUUGCUGUUUGGUAGGAUUUAGGUUAAAUCCUGCUACCAAACAGCCUCUUAGGUCUAGUUAAAGAGCUCCACUUUUCCUUCACCGAUCUUUUUGGCCAUGGCCGGGAAGAAGCGGAAGCAGCAACUGCAGCAGCAGCAGAAGCCACAACACCGAUUGGCUCUCGACGCUGAUGAUGACUCCGUGGUGUCGAAGAAGAUCGCACGGCACUCUAAGCAACAUCAGAAAGGAGAUAAGAUGAUAUCUUCUGAUCUUAGCUCGAAGAUCCUUAAGGAGUCUCUUAAUCAGCAGAAAGAAAUUCUCCGGGAAGAAGAGGCGGAGCUGGACCAUGCGGCAUUCUCACAAGUAGACAACUCCGAUCCGGAGGAAAAGAGCGACGACGGAAGUUACGAUUUUGAUGGGUUCUCGGAAACCAUAAGUGCGCACGAUUUGGGUGUAGAAGAGAUCAAUGAGGAAGAUGAAGCGGCUUUAGCAGCUUUCUUUGGAAAUGAUGCUGGUCCGCAGCUCACACUCUCGGAUAUCAUUAUCAAGAAAAUUAAGGAAAAGGACGUGCAGGCUUCCUCUGAAGAGAGGCCCAUGCCAAUGUUUGAUGAUGGUGUUAUAGACAUAUACAAAAAAGUUGGAAACGUGCUCAGUAGAUACACAAGCGGUAAAGUGCCAAAGGCGCUUCAACGCAUUGCAAUUAUGGAACGAUGGGAAGAAAUUCUUUAUAUAACUGAACCUGAGAAAUGGUCCCCAAAUGCAAUGUAUCAAGCUACAAGAAUAUUUGCAUCGAGGUUAAACCCGAAGAAGGCUCAAAGGUUUUACAAGCUCGUGAUACUCCCUCGUGUUAGAGAAGAAAUUCAAAAGAACAAACGGCUUCAUCGUGCUCUUUAUGAAGCAUUAAAGAAGAGCCUCUACAAGCCGGCUGGGUUUUUUAAGGGCAUUUUAUUUCCGUUAUGUCAGUCACAAACAUGCAGCCUUAUAGAAGCACACAUUAUUGGAAGUAUAAUUCAAAAAGUAUCAAUACCACCGCUUCAUUCAAGUGUAGCAUUGAUGACUUUAGCAGACAUGAAUUACUAUGGUACAACUAGCUUUUUCAUAAAGCUACUUGUUGAGAAGAAAUAUGCGCUGCCGUAUCGAGUACUUGAUGCUCUAGUCGCACAUUUUAUGAGAUUCCUCGAAGAUGAAAGAGCUAUGCCUGUAAUUUGGCAUCAAACACUUCUUGCUUUUGUACAAAGGUACAAAAAUGAGUUGACAAAGGCAGAUAAGAAUAAUCUGGACCGCUUAUUGCAACAUCAAAAACAUUAUUUGGUUACACCUGAAAUCCGCAGAGAACUGAAAAAUAGCAGACUCAGAGGCGAGAAAGGCGAUAUAACAUCACAAGCUCCUCUCAUCUCUGUAUUAAAUAAGCCAAUUGAGGAAGACAGGUGGGAUAUUCCAGAUGUCCCUAUGGAAGAGGAUUAAAGAUGUUCUCGCUGCCGCCAACUUGGUUUAAUUGAGCUUGGCUUCCCGACACUGAACGUCAAUGUUGAUGCACAAGUGUUUGGACUUUUUUGCAGGAAUUUCAUAGUUUAUGCAUUUAAUUGAAAUGUUUAUUGGUUGAAAUUUCUGGAUUGAAGUUAUAUUUGAGCUGUAUAAUUUAUGUGGGUAUGCUGUAUAGUUUAUGCAUUGCUUAUCAUUUAAUCAAACUUCAGGUUGAGGAGUUGUUGGACAUGAAAUGCAUGUGGGUAUGCUCUCAGGAUGAUUCAGUUAAUGUAUUCUUAUUUUCUGGUAAAAUUACAGGUGACU